AUGUUGAACCAGAAAGUCACAACCGAGACAAAGUCUGAAAAGUCGGUCGAAAUGAGUAAAUUGGAAAAACGUAAGGAUUUGUAAGAUAAUUAGCGUAACAACUGGUAGACGCAGAAAAAGUAAAAACAGAGAGGAGUUUAAAAUUUGAAUAGUCGGGGAUUCAAAGACUGUUCACUAUUCAGGGCUUCCGUUAUUAAAAAGCUCGUGGUCCAAUAUCUAGUAUAGUGGCAGACGAAAAUCUACAAUCACUUGUUAUAAAAAAGUUUCUGUUUAAUCUAAAAUAAAAAAUUUUAAAUAAUUUAACUGCAAUAUAAAGAAAACGACUGGUAAAGUUUUGUAACAGAACUUUUGGCGCACUUUGUAAUUAGUAGCCUUAUUUUUACAUUUUAAUUUUUUGCUCUAGUAGCGUCUGGCAUUAUUUAUUUAUAAAUAUAUUGUUUCUUUGUAUUCUAUGAUAACAUCUUAAUACUCUUUGUUUUAAAUUUUCUUUCAAUUUUUAAUUUUAAAUUUUUAUUGUUGUUGCCAAUUUUUAUAUCUUAUGCAGUCAAACAGCUUUAGUAAAACACUCAGAAACUGUUCUAAAUAUGUCCUUAUUACCAGGGUACCACACUACCUCGAUCAUUUUUGAUAGGAAUCUAUUAUAAAAAACAGUCAAGAAGCUGUCAUUAUAAAGAGAGUGUCAUACUAUCGAGGGUCAUACUGAAUAGGUUCCACUGUAACUUUUAUAAUAAAAAAAAGUAAAAUUAAAAUUUCAGUAAAAAAUCUGUUUUUUGAGUACAAACUGUUCCUCCAGCAUUUAUUGGCCAUUGUGCCCUAAGGGGAAGCUCCAUUUCCUUUAUUGUCUUUUUGUGAUCCGCUUAGUUUGAGCGUCACAAUCGUCUUCAACGUCUUCGAAUAGCUGUUUAUUACGACUACGUAGUCGGUAUUACAAUUUACAGCUCAUUUUCUUAAAGUUGUCUAAAGUGAAGCAGUAUUAGUGUUGUACUAGGAUCUUGUAGUAGGCCUCUGGCUUUAAAAAGAUCUUUCUAGAUUUCACUUGAAGGUACAACUAAUAUUUAAAUACUAGGCCUUGUGGCUAGCCUACCAUAUAAAAAACCUUCCUAAUAGGGUAAAGUGCAGUAGUUAGAAUACUGUAAUAUUUUCUUUGAAUAGAAGUUGGUACUAGUACCAAUAAUAGCGUCUAUUACCAAAACUUUUUCUAAAAUAAACUAAAGUAGCUUUAAGAAGACUAAGAAGUAGCUAUGUCAAUAGAAAAAGUUGAUUACGGUAAGAACUCUACUACAAGACUUACAGUAGUUUAAUUGUCAAGUUUUAGGUGCAUUGACGGUAGCUGAAGCCAGUCGGUUGACUCCGAGAAAAUGCGAAAUCCUGACGGAAACAUUUACUUUAUUGAAACGACAUCUUGUCCACAACAUCCAAACUCUGUUUAUUCGGUAAGUAAAUUUUGAAAAAUACUUUUACUUUUGAUUGUAAACAACAUAUCAUUUUAAUUUUGUGGUAAAAAUGUGUUGUUUAACACGAAAAUUACUCAACCUGCUCCACUCAGAAUAAGCUCAAAAUCUUUUUAUGAAGACUUUGUACCAUCAAUAGUACCCAUAAAAAAUUUUAGCCCGCUCUUUUAAGUUUUAAAUUUUAAUUAUUUGAAUUUUCCGUCAAAUUGGCAAACUUGGCAUUGUGCUUCAAUCACUUUUUUAUUUUCCGGACAAGCUACGCUUACAAAUUUAAAAUUGUAGGUCCAUGUAAAGGCUUUUUAGUACUAGUAUAUCAAAGAAAAAUGAUUAAAAAUCAAAAAAGGACAAAGUUAUAAGCUUAAAACACAAUGCCAAUUUGGCGGGAAAUUCAAAACGUAACUUUUUGACCUCGUUUUUCUCGAGAUUGACUAGUAAGCGCUACUUAGUACUUAGCUGAAGACCUUACAUUUACAUUGUCUUUCUAUAUAAAAAGAUUGAAAUCAUUCAGAGCGGAGCAGGUUGAGUACUUUCCUUGUAAGAUAUCACUAUACUCUUGCCAUCAAAACGUGUUGUUUUCGUACGAAAUCUAUUUCAUUGUUUAUUCACUUCCCAUUCAUUCAAAAUAUUUAUAGUAUGUUGUAUGAUACGUCGUAAGACUUCCUUUUUACAGUCUUAAGAUAUUGUAAUCUUAUUAGGAUGACGAUGCAGAGAGGUGUUAUGUUGAGGUAGACAGAAACAAGGAAGUCGUAAAGAUUUCAAUGCAGGAAGUUAGGCUUAAGUUUUUAGGUUUUGACUGGGAUUAGUAUGACAUAUCUUGUUUUACAUAGUAACAAAGUAGUAUUUUAAAAAGAGUUAAGGAUAAAAAAAGUGUUAUUGAAUUAAGAUUUGUCUAUACCUACGAUUAUAAUGACGUUGCAAAUGAGUGGGGUCUUAUUUGACGUACUUUUAAGUACUAUAUUUUGAUUUUUAAAACUUUGAGUUCGAAAUUUUGAGGUUUGUGUGCUAUAAUAUAACGAAAAAGUAAGACAAAGUAACUUAGAAAACUUGAACACGCCGUAUUUUACGAAAAAUAAAGGUAUAAGGGUUGUAUAGUAUAGUAUAGUAAAUACCAUUUGCUACUGUACCCUAUCCGACCCUAACCCACCGAAAUUACUGCAUUGUUCAUAUUAUUCUGAACCUUCUUUUAAAACAAAUUCUCAAGAUUAAUAGGCACGGAAUUAUUUGUACAACCUAAUAUUACUUUAUUGAUCAGUGAAACCUACUAAUCUUCCAAAUAUAGCCAAAAAUUAAAGAAAAAGACGAUGACUCGUAUUUUACAACGCAAUUAUAGAAUAUUCUCGGAGUACCCCACCUACAAAGACAUUUGGCCACAAUUCCGUGCUAUUCCGGACAGUUCGCUGAUGUAUUCGAAUGAAUUAAAGAAGCACGUUCAUGUGUUCUGCAAAGGCCUCACGGCCAUAAUGAACUCUUUGCACACCGAAAAGGAACUCUAUGUUAUUCUGAGAAAACUGGCCAAAGCACAUGCUCGGAAGAACGUUUACAAGAAUCACAUUAUGGUAAGAUGGUCGUAUGUUUGUAGUUGUGGAUGUCAUAAAGCGAUAUUAUCUAAAAACCAAAGUUAUCUUACUUAAAAACUGACUGUGAAAACAUUAUGCAUAAAGAACACUAUAAUAAUCAAAGAUACGAUCUAUUACUUAGUACUCAAAGAUUUGAUCAAAUGAAAAAAUCUUCACCAUCAAAACUUGUUACCUAAAAUCCUCCAUUUUUCAGAAUAUGUUGCCAGAACUUUUGGCAGUCCUCAAAAGCAACGGUGUCGAUGUAAACGAAGAUGUGAAGGAAGCCUGGACAACCUUAUUCGAUGUCAUUGGAAACUUGGUUGAUCCUCUCAAAACCGACAAUGUUUCCAACGCUUAA